ACAUUUCCAGCGAAGUAGAGUACACAUAUUGUUUUGCAGUAGAAGAUAGGUAGAGUAUAUCAAUUGCCUGAAAUGUUAUGAAAAUGUCGGAAAAGCUCAUCAGCGCAAAGGAAGUCGAAAAGCACACGACAAGCGACAGUUGCUGGGUUGUGCUGUACGGUAACGUCUAUGACGUGACCAAAUUUCUCCCCGAGCACCCGGGGGGCUCCAAAAUCAUCCUACAACUCGCCGGCCGCGAUGCUACGGAGGAAUACGACCCCAUACAUCCUCCGGGCACACUAGAGGAAAACCUGAAGCCCGAGGCUAAGCUGGGCCGCAUCGAUCCCCAGACCAUAGCUAAGACUAGCGGGCCGGAAACUAAAGAGGAGAAGGAGGAGGAAGGCCCGCCGCCGAUGGAGAGCUUGCUCAAUUUGAACGAGAUCGAGGAGGUCGCCACGAAACGCAUGCCCGAGAAGGCGUGGGCGUACUACUACUCGGCGAGCGACGACCAGAUCACCAAGUCGUUCAACAACGCCGUGUACAAGGAGAUCCUGCUGCGGCCGCGCGUCUUCGUCGACUGCACGAACUGCGACACGUCGACGUCGCUGCUGGGCCACAGGGUCGGCCUCCCGAUCUUCGUGGCGCCGGCGGCCAUGGCGCGGCUCGGACACCCGGACGGCGAGGCCGGGAUCGCACGCGCGUGCGCAAGGUUCGGCGCGCUCCAGGUCAUCUCGAACAACGCCAGCAUGACGCCCGAGCAGGUCGUCGCGGACGCGGCGCCGGGCCAGGUCUUCGGAUGGCAGCUGUACGUGCAGAACGACCGGGCGAGAAGCGAGGCGAUGCUCGCGCGCGUCAACAGGAUGCGCGACAGGUUCAAGUUCGUCGUUCUCACGCUCGACGCGCCGGCCCCCGGCAAGCGCGAGCUCGACGAGAAGCAGAACUUCAAGAACGCGACGAAAGUCGCGUCGGGCGUGAAGACGGACGACGAGCCGAGCAGGCCUGGGGGUGGGGGAGUCGGGCAGCAGCUUUUCUUCGGCACGGCGUCCGAUCUCACGUGGAAGGUCACGCUGCCGUGGUUAGCAAAACACACGGACCUGCCGAUCGUGCUGAAGGGCGUGCAUACGCACGAGGACGCGUUCCUGGCGGCGCGCCACGCGCCCCAGGUUAAGGCUGUUAUCUUGUCGAAUCACGGCGGCAGGGCGCUGGAUACGGCGUCCCCGCCCGUGUAUACGCUUCUCGAGAUCAGGAAGUAUUGCCCCGAGGUCUUUGAUAAGAUCGAGGUCUGGGUCGACGGCGGGAUUAAGAGGGGGACGGAUGUGGUGAAGGCGCUGGCGCUGGGGGCUAGGGCUGUGGGUGUUGGACGGGCGGCGUUGUUUGGGCUCGGGGCUGGUGGGCAGGCGGGCGUGGAGAGGACUUUGGAGAUCCUGAAGGCGGAGACGGAGACGUGUAUGAGGUUACUGGGCGUGCAGAACGUGAGCGAGUUGGGACCGAGACAUAUCAACACCAGCAAAGUAGAGAGGGAUAUAUUCAAUGGUGGUGCGGGGCUGGAGACUUUUGGACUGUGGGAUAAGGUCAAGUCCAAGCUAUGAGUUACGAUGGCCAUAUGGGGUAUAGAUAGGAUAGGUAUUUGAUUGUAUGAUUUAUAGUAGCAUUUGAUAUAACUAGAACAGCGAAAUAAUGAUCUUAUUUUGGAUAA